AUCAGUUGGCGAGAGAAACAUUUCAGGAUCUCCACCGUAUCUGGUUGAGCCGUGCUGUCAACUGAGGUGGCCUCACCAGCCAGUCUGUCGGCUUUUUACAUCCAGCCUAGGCUACAUCAAGAUGUACCCAGCACAACCCCGCACGAGCACAGAACGGAAGUCCCCGAAAGUCUGGGUUCAGAGACAGCAGCACUGUGUCAAGCCCACACUCUUGUGUGUCAACGCUUCCUCCUACACUGGGGAGAUGUUUCUGCUACCAGAGAACAUGAUCUCAUCUCUAACUCUAAGAUAUCUGUGUUGACAGCUGAGAAGCGGAGUCGGUCAGUCCAUAGCGCACCAGUCUCCUAAGGUGUACAAACACGACGUGACACACACACAUCUGAAUGUUGCUGAGGCAGAGAUGACCAUCUGUGAUGGCGUCACGACCCUCCCUUCCCUCUGGCCUCUGGGCGUGGUUUCUGGUGUCGCUACUGGCGCCUUCCUGCCGCCCUGUCAAACUGCCCACAGUGGCGAGGCUCGACGAAGACUUCCACCCGAAGGUUCGAGAGGUUUUUGAGGGGACAUCACCCAUACAGCUCCCGUGUCCUCGUCUGAAAGGUCAUGACACCGUGACCUUGACCCGGCUGGUUGACCCCCGGGAGGUGGAGGCCAGGGGGCAAGUACUGAGUCACGUGGACAGUACAGGAAAACUCCACACGGUGGAGACGGGGCCCUCUGUUGGUGAGCUACGAGUGGAGUGUGACGUCAUCCAACUGUAGCAGGAAGUGGGCGGAGAGGGGAGGCAAGCGAGAGGAGACGAUGGCUCUUUUUGGUGUGGUGGGUCACAGGCGGCCAGUUCCCCGAGUCCCGACGACAUGGUGGAAGUGUACAGUGACAGAGUCAUCGCCACUGUGUCUCCGGGGGACCUCCGUCUUAUUAAAUCCAGACUGAUGAAGUCGAAGAAACCUGGUCUUGAUCUGGGCUACUUCCGCCUGCCCCAGUCUGGCACCCCGCCCUCCCCACACGCCAGCCUGUCGCCCGCGCCUCCCGAGAUGUCUGUGCUCAAGGGUAGACACACAGAAGAUGAUGACGAAGAAUGGUCCCUGACCCCCAUAAUGAUAGCCGCCCUGGUCCUGAUAGUCCUGGUCAUUCUCACCAGUCUGGUCGUCCUCGCCUGCUUGUGCCGGGUCUACAUGCAGACCAACAAGACCCUGAAAGAGCAACAGCCCAGGUACGAACAGGCCAGCCGAGAGAAAAGCAGAAACGAUAAACCCGACAGAAAGGAGAAAGAGGAAGACGAAAGUAAGACGUACAUGUAGAGUGAGAUGGAGAGUGGCCGU